AAUGACAGUAAAUGAGGGUUGGGAUUCGUUCAAAACGAACAGAUGGAUUAAUUUCGAUACUAUUCCAUCAUCCUCCUCACAAAAUCGUCCUGCACCCCGAGCUCCUGAAAUUGAAGUUAAUAGAAAAACGCCUGAUUCACCAUCAAAUCGAGCAAAUCGCCCACGAACGCUUUCAGACCGGGGAAACGAGAUUUUGGAUAAUCAUGAACUCGUCAGCAGUCUCUACGCUUGGAAUUGGUCAGAAUUGAGAGAGAAUUAUCCGGAAAAGGGAAUCCAGAAUCCGUCGAUUUAUUGCUAUGCGAUCUCGUGUGUUCAAUUAUUAUCGCAUGUUCCGGCAAUUGUAAGGAUCCUUCAGGAUCAUCAAUGCCAAGAUACAGCUUGUCUCUGCUGCAACUGGAAGAAAAACUUCCUUCAAAGCCAUGGCCAUGCUGGAACUAUCAAUUGGUUCCGUGAAGCAUUCAAAAAAGAUCGAAAAUUCAAUCAAGGCCGCCAGGAAGACGCUCAUGAUGCUCUCCUGGCGAUUCUGGGGAAGCUCGAUAAGAUAUCGGUGCAGAGCAAUCCUCGUCUGAAAGGCCGCAAAGUGGCCGAUGAUUUGUUCGGAUAUUCCAUAAGAAAUGAAGUUCAAUGCCCCGGGUGCAAGAACAAGCACGUCUACUAUGAGCACAACACCGUUAUGACGGUUCGGAUGCUUAGAAAGGAUCCAUCAGGCAAAAGCCACUCCAUUAAAGAACUCAUGCAGGCUCUGUUCACGGAAUCCAAGAUAUUCGGCUAUAAUUGCUCAAAGUGCAAAAAGAAAUCCGACGCGCCAGUGAAGCCCACACUUCUCCGAGCUCCACAGAUCCUGCUAAUGCACAUUUCUCGCUUCUCGUUUGAUGGUUGGGGGAAGAAAAUCUCUCGGCCUGUCACCUUAAAUGAAACUCUCGAUGUGACGAGUAUGGCCACCGCCGGCGCAUCCACCGUCUAUAAGCUGUGCGGAGCUGUGAUCCAUGGUGGGACUACGCUGGACUACGGCCACUAUUGGUGUGUGGCUCGAUCGAGAAAACGAGAGGAGCAGUUCGUGACGUUGAAUGAUUCAUCGGUCUCCCAACACACGAAUCCACGAGAUGCUCUUCAAUCCUACAUUGUGCUCUACAGGCGGCGCGAACACCUGGCCAACGUUGGCAAUGAAAAGUCGAUGAUUUAGUUCAAAUAAUUGCAAUUAUUUAGUUCCUCCCCCCACUCAUAGCUGUACCCUAUUUUUUUUUUAAAUUUUUACCUUGAAAUCGUGUAGCGUCGUUCCGUGAUACAUUUUGUUUGCCCCCCUUCCCCACCCGUUUAGUACUGUACUAUCGUUUAGCAGUAUUUUUCAUUGUUGUUCAAUCCCGUUUUACAUGUUUUUUUCUCUCUUUUUAUUAAUUCUGGCGUACCUUUUCAUUUUUGAAUUGCCGAUUAGAAAAUCAUCAAAUUUUG